AGAGAGAGACUCAGUGAAAGAUGGAGCGGAGUGUCGCGCGCUGAGAGAAGAAGGCUCGUGGUGAAUGAAGUGAAGUGCUGGAGGAAGAUGUAUGAGAGGAGUAGCUGAAGCGGCUGCUGUGUUUCUGAGCUCCGGGCUGAGUAACGGAGACUGUCCGCGUUUCAAACCGCGUUUAAGACACGAGACCGCGCGAACCCUCCGCGAGGAGCAGCGCUGAGACCCUCCACCUCCUGCUCUGGAUGAAUUGUCCCAGCCGCUGUCUGUGGAUGAGGGGACAUGGAGAGGGUGAAGCCCUGGAGACUCGGAGCGCUGCUGUCUCUCUCUCUGCUGUGGGCUCUGCCAGGUGAUUUGCAGAAAGUUGAGAUGCCAAGAAAAGACAUGGAAGUAAUCAAGGGCCAAAUGGUAGUUCUGGAGGCUUGGUACACGCCCACAUCCCCCAUUGAGAAGAAUACAGUCAUCUGGAACUUCAUGGCCAAUGACUCCAAACAGAUCAUUUCCUACACCUCAGGCCAGAUCGGGAUGGGGAGUCCAGAGUUUAGGAAGCGUGUCGGCUUCGCCAUGUCCAUGCCCUCCACCAAUCUCUCCAUCUACAUCAACAACACACAGGAGUCAGACUCGGGCCGCUACCUCUGCAACGUCAUCAUCCCCGGAGCACCAGGCCUGUCUGGAGAGCUGCGGCUCAAUGUUAAAGUUCCCCCCUCCACCCCAGUGUGCUCCAUAACUGGGGACCCUGUGCUGAGGGGCAACGUGACGCUCAGCUGCCAAUCAAAUCACGGCAAGCCCACCCCUCAGUACAAAUGGACCAAAGCUGCUCCUCUUUCAGAGGUUUUCUUCUCUCCAAUGCAGAAGUGGAGAUCAUGUCCUCAGCCCGUGCUUGUGCUGGGUUAUCUGGAUGAGAGGCAGGGCACCCUGAGGUUGAGCAACCUGACCAAGAACAUGUCAGGCAAGUACGUCUGCAGGGCCAGCAACACAGCCGGGAGUGACAGCUGCCACAUCAACCUGGAGGUCUCCACCCCCAACAAUGCCUGGUUGAUAGCUGGAGCCACUGUGGGCUCUGUGGUGGGACUGGUGGCCCUCAUCCUGUUCCUGGUCUUUGUCCUGAGGAGGAGUCGCGACACAGAAGAGGAAAUGGCUAACGAUAUCAAGGAGGAUGCUCAGGCUCCCAAAAGGGUCUCCUGGGCCAAGAGCACCACUGGAUCAGACAUCAUUUCCAAGAACGGCACUCUGUCUUCUAUAGCCACCAGCCCUCCUCCCCGAGACCCUCACCACACCUCUAACAACCACUACCCGUACCCACCCGGAGCCUGCGACACCGCCUCCGUCCUCACAGCGUCCGGCAGCACCACCGCCUUCCGCCUCCGCCCGGGAGAACCCAACCCUCUCCACGGCCUGCCUGGAUACAACGGCAACAGAACACACCACCACCACCACCCGGCUCACUCACACACACGAGCCACCAGCUCAGACAGCAGCUCCACACACAGGACUGAAGGAGCUCAGCCGCAGGUCCCGCGUCCUGUCCCCUCGCCCAUCGGCUCCACCACCCUCUCCCGCAUGGGAACCGUCCCUGUCCUCGUACCCAGCCAGAACCAGGCCGGCUCGCUCGUGUAGCUCUGCCCACACACACACACACACGCACUCCUCCAACAGUGUGACUGAACUGCAGAGAAAACACACACACAGCUUCUGCUGAUGCUUCUUGAUGAAUCUUGAUGGACGCAAGUGAGUUUGGACUCUUCUCACAUCAGCCAGAUGGUGGAAACAUCACUACGGUUGAUUUAUAGAUUAAAGAGUUACUUUUUUAUAUUCAAGAUUUAAGAAAAAAAUAUAGGCGUAUGUAGCAGUUUGUUUUAUAAAGUAUUGUUUGAGGUUUUUUUUUAUUAUUUAUGAGUUUAUGAGUGUAAUCAGCAGGCCGUGAUGCCUAAAACACACAGACAGAUUUAGAGUUUUGCAUUUUCAAACUUUGACCAAACUUUCACCAAAAUAUUAUAGUACUUUUCUUGUGGUUAGAGAAUUGGAUUCGACAAAUCUGUUUUUUUAAUUCAGCUGAUUCAAUUUCUGUUUUAUCAACAGUCAAUUUCUGUUUUACCAGCGUUUUCUUUCCAGAAAGUGAAAUUGAGAAUGUCCUCUCUGCUGUUGUUACUGUAUUUGAGGGCUUACUGAAGUUAAAAGUUCACCUGAUCCUGUUUCAGGUCUUUGUUGGAGUGUUGGAAUAUUUCAUUGGGGUAAACAAUGCUGUAUUAGGUGUGUUCUGUAACUCUUAAUGUUACCUUGUGCCUCCUUUUGCUCAGGAGUUUUUACGUUGGGCAACUGUUCUCUCAGAUAACCCUGAACACAUUUUGUAGCCUGAACAACAGGGUUUUUAAUACUAAAAAAUACAAAUACUUCAAUGCUUUUCACCUUUAAAAUGUCAAAAAGUUGGGUAAAUUAACUCAAUGUGGAAAAUUUGUUUUUAGGAUUGCUUUAUACCAAUCUAACACCAAUCUUAUAUUUUAGUCCGGUUGAUUCAGACUCGAAUUGGGACCAGAACAACCGCACCAAAACCUUUUAGUAGAGGUGGAAUUAGUCUUUGGAUUUUUUUUUUUUUUUUCUCGCAAAAACAUGAUUUUAUCUUGAGCUAAACGCCUCCCAUAAGCAUAUAUAGCAUUGCUUUCUGUUAAACUGCACAGAACUGUCUCACAUUAGGGCAAUUCACCCUACAAGCCCAAUGUUCUGGUCAUUUUCUGGAUCAAAAAUAUGUAGAAAGUUCUUCACAAUCUUUUUGAAAAAUACUGAGAUAUGUCAGUCAUGUGGAAAUAUUUCUAUAUUAUUUACUACAUUUAUUUUUAUUCAUGUUUACUCUCGGCUCUAAGAAGAUCUGGCCUCGUGGCUUUGCGGUCAGUGCAUCAGUUCUCUGUUCAGGUCUGUGCUGGAUGCUGAAUAUUUUAGUGAGGUUCAGCAUAUUAUGUAGUGAUACAACCUUUCAUUUGCAGGAGGAAGUUCUUUUAAACUCCAGCCUUUAUUCUCAGUUUGUCCACAUGGUGGGAGUAAAGAGAUACGAGAGAAAUGUUCUACUGCUUUAGUGAAAAGGGAAAGAGUGCCCAAAUCUGUUUUGUUCAUUAAAAAAAUGGACCAUUAUUCUGCUUGUUCAAUAAACGCAAACAAUUCUUGUUUAA